GGUUUUAUAUUUUCACUAUGGCUGCCUCCUCGAGUAGUGCUGCUACUACUAAACACAACGAACAAUCUGCGUCAUCUAAAGAAACAGACGCAGAAACAGAGUUUUGUCCAGGUUUUAAAGAUGCUGAUGCGUUUGUCAAGCAUGGGCUGGGAUGUGUGGUCGCUGCCACAAAGGCGAGUGCGGCUCUUCCGCAGGCCGGAGAUGAGUUUGAUCUGUACCGCAGCUUUCCUGCGUUUCAAGAGUUCUGCGCGUCACAGGGAGAUCGCCUUUUACACUGCAUGAGUCAGAUCAUGCAACAGCAUGGCUGUAGAUCUCGCAUGAGAGACAGGAACAAACUGACGGGUCUAGAGGACCGAUUUGACCUGGUGGUGGAUUCCAAUGAUGCCAUUCUUGAGAAAGUGGGCAUUCUCCUGGAUGAAGCCUCUGGUGUGAACCGCACACAACAGCCUGUGAUGCCUACUGGAUAUCAGCCUCCCAAGAUUGUUGUGUCUAGUUGGAAUCGGGGAGGAGGUCGAGGCACUGAAACCUUUCAUCUUCUGCAUGCUAAAAACAUCCAGCGUCCACAGCUGAAGUUCAAGGAGAAAGUGGAUAACAGCAACACUCCCUUCGUCUCCAAAAUCUUUAUCAAACCCAACGCUUUAAAACCUCUGUCUUCAUAUUUUACCGACAAACACAUUCGGAGGGAGAGACCGGAGGAUUUGGAUGUUCCUGCUGCGCUGGCAGAUUUGAUCCAUCAGCAGAGAACACAGGAGCAUGUGGAUGAUAUGUUUUCUCACCCCUACCAGUAUGAAUUGGAUCAUCUGGCCAUGCUGGAGAGCCUCAACUGUAAACCCGAACCACAGAUGUAUACAUCAAUUGCUGAGACCAGCUUUAAGUUUAUCUACAUGUUGGAGGAUCUUGUUGCUUUGAAUGAGAAGUUGGCCAAGAUGUCAGAGUUUGCUGUGGAUUUGGAGCAUCAUUCCUACAGAAGCUUUCUAGGAAUCACGUGUCUGAUGCAGAUAUCGACACGUGAGGAAGAUUUCAUCAUAGACACGCUGCAACUGCGCAGUGAAAUGUACAUUUUAAAUGAGACGUUCACUAACCCCGCCAUUGUGAAGGUGUUUCAUGGGGCUGACUCGGACAUCGAGUGGCUGCAGAAGGACUUCGGUCUCUACGUUGUCAACAUGUUUGACACCCAUCAGGCUGCUCGUGCCCUAAACCUCGGUAGAAACUCCCUCGACCAUCUCCUGAAGUUCUACUGUGAGGUGGAAUCGGAUAAACGCUACCAGCUGGCCGACUGGAGGAUACGACCUUUGCCAGACGAGAUGUUGAAGUACGCUCGGGCGGACACUCACUAUCUGCUGUACGUGUAUGAUCGAGCACGGGCCGACCUUCAUGAUAUGGGCAACGGACAGCCCACCCUCAUUCAGCAAGUCUGGUCUAAAAGCAGAGACCUUUCACUCAAGAAAUAUGUGAAGCCCAUCUUUACUGAGGACUCGUAUAUGGAGCUUUACCGUAAGCAGAAGAAGAGUUACAACACGCAGCAGCUAGCUGCCUUCAGAAUGCUGCACGCCUGGAGAGAUAAACUGGCACGAGAUGAAGAUGAGAGCACUGGGUAUGUCUUACCAAAUCAUAUGAUGAUGAAGAUCACAGAGGAGCUUCCAAAGGAACCCCAGGGCAUCAUCGCCUGCUGUAACCCAACUCCACCCCUAGUGCGUCAACAGGUCAAUGAACUUCAUCAGCUUAUGAAACAGGCUCGAGAGAUUCCUCUACUGAAGGCAGAGUCCCUUCUGGAAAGAAGGAAAUCUGUAACCCCAAAAAGAAAGCUCCAGUCUUCAUUAUUUGGACCUCAUGACACGUCCCGUUCAUCUGAAAGUGAUUUCCUGGACCUCUCCAUUGAAACCCCAACCAAGCCCGGAGUUUUGUUUUCAGAGGAGGAGGAUUGUAUGGAUGAAGAUCUAAAAUCAUUGCACAGUCUAUUAGCAUCUGCAAAAAUCAGUCUGUUUGCGGAGAAUCAGGAGAAGGUUCCUGCCUCUGGUAAUCUGACAGUAGCACAACAAAAAGCCCACAGCAUCAUGGCAUCCUUCGAGAAUCCUUUCCGAAUGUAUUUACCAUCAAAGGACAUUCACAUAUCAGAAAAAGCCAAAUAUGACCCAUCAUCAAAGAUUUAUGAGAUUCGCAACCGCUGGAAGUUGCAGAGUAUUGAGCAGCAGCAGAAGGAGGUUCAAGCCAAGCAGCAAGCUAAAGAACAAGCCAAGAAAGCUCAAGAGGAACGUAAGAAAGCCAAACAGAGCUACCAGGAGUCACUGGAAAAUGUUCAUAGUGUCAGGCAUCAAGUUAUGGAAGCAAAGCAGUCCGGCCAAAAAAGAGAGCGAGUGGCUAGUGAUGUAAAUGAAGAGAGUGUUAAACCAAACACAACAAUCUUGAAGACAGAUACCGAGAGCACACAGAAAGAUAAAUCCAGCACACCUGCUCCAAAAAAACACAAAGCCAAAGCUCUCCAAGAUCCUCAAGUCUCCACACAGAACUUUAAACCUUACGACUACAGCCAAUCAAAUAUGAAAAUGUUUGACGGCAAAUCAAAAGAGAGUUCACAGUUUGAUCCAAACAGACAAGAACCUGAAUCCAAGCAGAAGAAAAGAAGACAAAAGCAAAGUUCUUUAGGAGGCAGGACCAUGUCUUAUGUACCCGCAACAUCUGAGAGAGGUUUUCGUCAUAACUGGCCCAAGAGAUAGAAGUCGUCUGUUAUUUUGCUUUUCUCCUAAGGUUCAGUUGACAUGUUAUCUUUUUCCAGGCUGUAUUCUCUCUCAAGGCACUAGGACUUGAGCUGUGCAUGUAUAUGUUAUAUUUGUUUUGGGAUUUGACCCUUCAUUAAAAUGAGAUUUUAAGAUA